AUGCGUCUAAUCGAUGUGAACACACUCCUGCUGGAGGAGUUCAUGGGCCGGUGUUCCCAUCGUCGGUUCACCCGCGGCUGGACAUUACAAGAGCUCUCGGCCCCGAGGCGGAUGUACCUCUUUGACAAGAGCUGGAGGAUCCUAGGAUCGCGGCAAGACUUCGCGCCUGAAGUUUCAAACAUCACCGGAAUAAGAAACGAGUACGUUUCCGGCGCCAAGUCAGUCUUGGACGCGAGCAUCUCGGAGGUAUUUUCCCGGCUGGCGGGCCGGGAGACGACAAGUCUCGAAGACAUGGCUUAUCCCGUGCUCGGGCUUCUCGGUCUCAACAUGCCGUUGCUUUACGGCGAGCGCUCGGCGGCAUGUAUGCGCCUCCAGGAGGAGUUGAUCCGCAUCUCGGACGACCAGACGAUCUUCUGUUGGACGUGGGAUCAUACGACCCCACACAACUGUAGUAGUCUACUCGCACCAUCGCCUUCGGUCUUCAAGGGCGGCGACCGUUUCCUCUGCGGGUCCGAGACUGACGAGCACAUUGUCGGAUGGAGAAAGGCCAUAUCGUACUCGAUGACGAACGUAGGUCUACGCAUCCGUUUGCCCACGCUGAGGAUAUCGGGUCUGGACCUUUCCGUCUUGAACGUAUCCGAAAAGAGAAGCGAUUCGGGAGAGCAGGACCCUAUCACAGGUCGUGUCUGUAUUCCUCUCAUGACGAACAACUACCUCGAUGAGGUCUAUGGCGUCUCGUCGACACUGAUUGACGACUCUGUGCUUAGUGCUCAACGAUGGCCGAUUCCCGGACAACCCAUACCUGUCUACGAGCUGAGGAACAUAUACCCCUCCUCCCUAUAG